AGGUAUUUUUCAAUAUGCCUAAAACUAACAGCUGUCAGAUUUUCGACCGCAGAACAAUCAUAUACAGUACUGUUGCUGUUUCGCAGCUCUAAAAUGUGAGUUAAAUGUGUUUAAAGACAGAAAAAGUCCAUGGGUAUAUUUAGCAAUAUCAAAGGAUGUACUAAACAUUUGUAAUCGAGUAAAAAUCACACCCGAAUUUAUCAGGGAAUGUGUGAUAUGAUAGUAUGUAGCUAAAACUGGCUAGCCAUACAACAAUUAAUUUGGAGGGCUUCUCGUCUUGUGUCUUCAGCUCCAAUGAUUUGGGCAUGAAAGAAUAAGUAACUAUGUCUCGAGUUACCAAGAAAGCGUCAUCUGUCUGUACAGACAGCCCACUGAGCAUGAGUGAAGUCUGUCAGAAGAUGACACUGAUGAGGCAGAUCCUCACCUCUUGUUUCGGACCCAAUGGUAGACUGAAGCAAGUCCAUAACAACGUUGGUGGACACGUCCUGACCACCUCCACCUCUACAUCCCUACUUCAAGCUGUUUCCUCAUCGGAGCCGUUACUCAAACUUAUAACUGCCUCCAUCUUAAACCACCUGUCUCGGUUCAGUGACUGUGGUCUGUACACUGGCAUCCUCUGUUUUUCCCUCAUUGACCAUGUUCAGAAGUCAGGCUUGAGACCAAGUGUUGCGAUCAAAAUCAACAAACAACUAUUGGAGGUUUGCACCAGUUUCCUCAACCAGGAGGACUGUGGCUGUAAAGUGAAUGUUGAUUUCAACAGCUGCCAGAGCUUGGUGACACUAGCCAGGAGUGUCAUCUCUAGCAAACCUGCCUGUGUGUUGACUGAGGGUGAACAACAGCAUAUCAGCACGUUGGCUGUCCAUGCCUUUCUACUGACUGUCCCCUGUGGUGACACCCCGGGCUCCCCAGACAGAGUCCGUCUUGGUAAGACUGUGACUGUCUCCAUCGAGGGACAGUUUGUGCUAGAUUCUGCAGUGUUUCCAGGUCUGCUGGUGAAUGUCCCAGACAUGCAGCUUCACCCCACAGACUCUGAGAGAACCAGACGGGGGCCCGGUCCCUUCCGACUAGCCCUGUUCACGGUGUCUCUCUCAGGGGAUCUAUCUGAGUUCGGAGAGGGGUCCCUGGAGGUGCACAGUGGAGCCCCUGACCCAGAAGACCUCAUCCUGGAUGAGUUACUGAAGCUGGGAGAGCAGGCAGUUACAGACCAGGUGGAGGUGUUUAUGUGUCAGAGAGUAAUACACCCUGUACUGCAGCAUUACCUGCGGAGACACGGGGUCUUGGUCGUAGAGAGACUCGGCAUUGCACUCAUCGAGCCCAUUGUUCAAAUGACAGGUGCUCAAGCAGUGGCGUUGUACCAGACCCCUAUCCCUCCUGAGGCCUAUGGCCAGGUGAAAGGCUGCUGUGUCAGGACCGUUGGAUCCAGAGAGAUGCUGCAUCUCCUUCCACCUCGGGAACCAGCACCAGCUGUCUGCACCAUGGUCCUCUGCCACAGGAACGACACCAUGCUCAACGAACUGAAGGCUGUGUGUCAGAGGGCAGAGCAUGUGUUGAGGCUGACCCUGAGAGACCCAGUAGCUCUGCUGGGAGGAGGAUGCACUGAGACACACAUGGCAGCCUACAUCAGUAACAAGGGCACUACUGAAGCAGCGAAGGCAGCGUUAUCCCUGGGAGUCUCCCAGUCUCAGUACCUACUGGGACUGAACGGGUUCUGCUCCUCCCUGGAGGCUGUAGCCUUGGCCCUGGUGCACGAUGGAGAAACCGGCCUCGUAGACCUCAGCUACGCCCACCACUGGUCUGUGCCCCAGGGAGAGGCUAUUCAUUCGGGUACUGUGCCCCAGGGAGAGGCUAUUCAUUCGGGUACUGUGCCCCAGGGAGAGGCUAUUCAUUCAGGUACUGUGCCCCAGGGAGAGGUUGUUCAUUCGGGUACUGUGCUCCAGGGAGAGGCUAUUCAUUCAGGUACUGUGCUCCAGGGAGAGGCUAUUCAUUCGGGUACUGUGCUCCAGGGAGAGGCUAUUCAUUCGGGUACUGUGGCCCAGGGAGAGGCUAUUCAUUCGGGUACUGUGGCCCAGGGAGAGGCUAUUCAUUCGGGUACUGCCCAGGGAGAGGCUAUUCAUUCGGGUACUGUGGCCCAGGGAGAGGCUAUUCAUUCGGGUACUGUGGCCCAGGGAGAGGCUAUUCAUUCGGGUACUGUGCCCCAGGGAGAGGCUAUUCAUUCGGGUACUGUGGCCCAGGGAGAGGCUAUUCAUUCGGGUACUGUGCCCCAGGGAGAGGCAGUCCAGCGGGGUGAUGGAGAUGAGGUUCCAGCCACCUGUGGCUGUGGCCUGGUGGAGAGGAGCGCCCGGCCUGGGCUGGAGUGGACCCCCCUCAACACCAGGUACCCUUCACGUUCUGCCCCCCUGGUUGUGGGUAAGGACACUCCCCCUCAGCUCAGGGUGCUGGACUCCUUCACAGCCAAACUCAAUGCUCUGCAGGUUGCCGUGGAAAUGGCUAAUCUGGUACUGGACAUUAGAUACGUCAUCCAAGAUGUCAACUGACACCAACAUCUCAUCCAAGAUGUCAACUGACACCAACAUCUCAUCCAAGAUGUCAACUGACACCAACAUCUCAAUUCAAUUCAAAGGGACUUU